UAUAGCUCUGCAACAGGACUGAGAAUCGAUAGGGUAGGUGAAGGUAUCGCUAGGACGUAGGUGAAGUUAUCAGGAAUGUCUUGCGGAGUAAUGCAAAGGAGCAUACGAGAAAGGAGACCGAUCGAGGCUGAGCACGGGGCGGAUAAGGAUGUUUCAAUUGUAGAGAUCCAAGUGAGAUAUAUGAUAGAACAUCCGGGGACGUAGUUAGAGAGAGAGAGAGAGAGAGAGAGAGGAAGACGAAGAAGAGGAAGAAGAAGAGGAGGAGGCUUACGGCAGAGUAUGCAGUACUACCGGAUUGGCUAGAAGUAAGAGCAAACGUCAAAAUAACAUAGAGGUGUCUCAAAUAGCAUAAUUCUGUCGAAUAGGAGGGUAACGAAAGUAUACUAAACUCUAAACAAAAAAAAAAAAAAAAAAAAAAAAGAAGAAGAAGAAGGAAAAAAAAAAAUUCUUACUUUAUGCUUUUAGCUUCCGUAAUUUGUUAGAUAUUUCAAUCCGUUUAGAGAAAGAGCGAUCGAUGCUUGUGUUUGGACGUACGACUGGAUGAUAUCCUGUGUUGGAAUUAUGUGCACACUGGCUGCCCUCUCGAUCGUUCACCACCCGUUAACGGGUGGUCUCUGCUCGUCAUCUACCAUUCCAGCAGCGCCGUUAAUAUAACGCGAAUCCUCAUCCCUGCUGUGCAUGGCUAUAGAUAAAUCUUAAACGCUGCCGGUCUCCCCUGGGUACGCACCACCCGCCGUCGUCGUCCUACAUAUCCGGAGCCUGCGGCCAUGGCUGCGACGUGGGAGGCCAGCGUAACCGAAUCGAUCAACGCCGUCUACCUCCUCUUCUCCGCCUACCUCGUCUUCAUAAUGCAGCUCGGCUUCGCCAUGCUAUGCGCGGGGUCCGUCCGCGCCAAGAACGCCAUGAACAUCAUGCUGACCAACGUCGUCGACGCGGUGGUCGGCACCAUCUCUUACUACCUCUUCGGCUUCGCCUUCGCCUUCGGCGCGGGCUCUCGCUCCAACCCCUUCAUCGGCACCGCCUUCUUCGGCCUCCAGGGCGUGCCGAACGAGUCGUACGACUACUCCUAUUUCCUCUACCAGUGGGCAUUCGCCAUCGCCGUGGCGGGCAUAACCAGCGGCUCCAUCGCCGAGCGGACGCAGUUCGGCGCCUACCUCGUCUUCUCGUUCCUGCUCACGGGCUUCGUCUACCCGGUGGCGGCGCACUGGGUCUGGUCGCCGGCUGGGUGGCUCAAUCCGGUCGCCGCGGGCGGCGCGCUGCUCUUUGGGUCGGGCGCGAUAGACUUCGCCGGGAGCGGAGUGGUGCACCUGGUGGGCGGGGUCGCGGGCCUCUGGGGCUCCGUCGUCGAAGGCCCGCGGGUCGGCCGGUUCGACGCGUUCGGAAGGCCCGUGGCGAUGCGGGGCCACAACGCCACGCUGGUGGUGCUGGGCACGUUCCUGCUGUGGUUCGGGUGGUUCGGGUUCAACCCCGGGUCCUUCAGCAAGAUCCUGGUCCCCUACCCCGACGCGCCGCACCAGGGGAACUGGACCGGGGUGGGCCGCACGGCGGUGGCCACGGCGCUCGCCGGCUCGACCGCGGGGCUCGUCACCCUCUUCGGGCGCCGGAUGCUGGUGGGCCACUGGGACGCGCUGGACGUGUGCAACGGCCUGCUGGGCGGGCUCGUGGCCGUCACGUCCGGAUGCGCCGUGGUCGAGCCGUGGGCCGCGAUCGUGUGCGGCUUCGUCGCGGCCUGGGUUCUGAUCGGGCUCAACGCGCUGGCCUUGAAGCUCAGGUUCGACGACCCGUUGGAGGCGGCCCAGUUGCACGGCGGGUGCGGCGCGUGGGGCCUCAUCUUCACCGGGCUGUUCGCCAAGGAGGAGUUCGUGGUGCAGGCCUACGAGUCCGGGGAGGUCGGGGCGAGGCGGCCCUUCGGGCUGCUGAUGGGGGGCGGGUGGGGACUGCUGGGGGCCCAGGUGGUGGAGGUGGCGGCCGUGGCGGCGUGGGUGAGCGUCACCAUGGGCCCCCUCUUCUACCUGCUGCGAAAGCUGCGCCUCCUGAGGAUCUCCGCGGAAGAAGAAAUCGCGGGCUUGGACAUCUCCCGCCAUGGUGGGUAUGCAUACGCGGCGCAUCCGGAUGACAACCACCGUUACGGGUUAUACUCCGAGUACGUGAGGAUUCAAGACGGACCUCGCUCUUAAUUAAUUAAAUUAAUUAAUUAAGAUCAUCAUCAUCGAUCAUCAUCAUCAUCAUCGUCAUCACUCUCCUGCUGUCUAUAGAUUAUCUAUGCCCGCAAUCUCUGUUGUCGACUUUCCUAGCUGGUGUGUUUUAUAUUACAAAUUGGUUCGCGUCCUAAAACUUUGUAAAGAAAUUCUUCUCAUAAUAUAGCAAUCUAUCGCGCUAAACCAGUCCGUCCUUAAAAGUUUUAUUAAAAAAGAAUGUCAGAAAAUAAAAAAUAAAAUUAAAAUAGGCUCUUGUAGCGGAUUUUUUUU